AUGAAACCUGUAAAAAUUACGAAUAACGAAAAUGUUAAUCCGUUGUCUUAAAGAUAAAAGAUAAAAAGAAUCAAUAUUGCUUUAGAAUUAUUUGAGAAUCCUGUAUAACUUAACAUUUCCCCCUUGAGAUUGAAAGUAGAAAAUGAUGCAUAAUAAUAUCUAGAAGCAAUCAGUGCUUUUUAAACAGUGGAAUUAUAAAAUCCAAUUGUAAACGAAAGGGCUAAAAGUGUUAUGGAAGACAAUGAUUUUGGGGCGUGGUAAGAACAAAAAUACAUUCAACCAAAUUCUAAUUAAUAUCGAUAAUCUUAUAAAAAAUAAUAAAAGAGCUGUUAGUUCAAGAUUAGACAGCAAUCACCAAAAAUUUAAUAAUAAAAUAAAAUUACAAAUAAGAUUAUUCAAUAUCCAUUGACAGGUUAUUUAGAAAGGGAUUAAAACCAGUUAUUUUCGAGAGAUAAAUAUUUUAAAAUUAUCCAGAAUUUGAAUGGAGCAACUCAUAGAAAAAAAUCAAAGAAAAUAUUUCCAAACAGCACUUAAACUAGCAGGGCCUAAUCAUCAUUAUCAUUUUAACUGUGA